AUGUCACCACGCGACGACGAAGAAGUUGAUAGCAAAACUGGUCUUAAAGUGAAGGAGAAACGCGCCAUGACACAAAGCUGGAAAUGCAUUUCUCCAAACCUCAAAGCAGAGGGUAUGCAUUUCUUCAACAUGCUGUUCACGGAUCACCCGGAUUAUAUUGAUUAUUUCCCAAGUUUCCGCGGGAAAAAGUUAGAAGAAUUCAAUACGAAAGCUACUUUCAAGGUGCACGCGAGAAACGUGUUCUAUGCAAUCAAUAUGAUUGUGGAAACCCUUGACGAUGCCGAUGAGCUGGUUGAAUUGUUGCUCAAAACCGGAAGGGAUCAUUAUAGACGAGGCAUUCCCAUAUCCGCAUUUCAUAACCUGGCCAUUGUCUUCGACAAAUACAUGGCAGAAAGAGCGGGAAAAGCCUAUACACCUUUGGCUAAGGCUUCGUGGAUGAAGGCAUUGACUGUAGUUAAUGCCCUGACCCUCCUUCACUUCAUCUUCUUUUUAACUCCUACAUCCUCCUCCUCAUUUACCCCCUCACUUUCUUAUGUUAUUCUAUCAAUAAAUCCACCUUGUUUCUUUGUAUCUCUCUCUCUCUCUUUCUCUUUAUCUCUCUCUUAUUCAUAUGACUGCCUUCUCUUCAAAUAUAUACCUCCCCCACCUCUAUCUAUCUCAUUUUCCUUCAUCAAAUUUAACGCUUCAAACUUAAUUCAGAUACAGACCAAUAAACUGAAUUAUAUUCUCACCCCCAUUACCUUACCUUUUUUUCCUACUUUUUCUUUCUUUUCCACCCCUUCUUUUCUUUUGUCUCUUUCUUUCCCCCACCCCGCCUCAUUCAUUUUGUUUUCUCCUUCGCUCACUCGAUAUUAUAUCAUCAAUCUUAUAACAUGCUAUAAUAUCUCACUUUAUAACUAA